UUUUUUUUAUAUUUAUCGGCUUAGUUUCGGCUUAAAGAUGUACGAAGGAUGGUUAUUUGUGUCUAUGUCUUGUCUCUCUUGUAUUUUGGGAGCAAGUAUUGUGUUCAUUGGUGAAAGAGUCUUGGAAAACAAACGGUUCCUCUCAGGAUCUAUGGCAUUAGGAGCAGGGGCUCUAUUCUGCAAUGUUCAAUUUAACUUGUUACCAACCGCCUAUCAAAAAUUAGGUUUGUUGCCUGUCGUCGGAUGGUUUCUGAUAGGCGUUCUGGGUAGCAUUUGCACCAACCAAUUGAUUCAUUAUUGUACUCCGCACGCUCUUCACACCUGCGAUUUACCCGUAAAGAGUUAUGGGACUAUAGAUGAAGAAUCAUUAGAACAUUCGGAUAAAGAAAACUAUUACUUGAUUGGUAUACAGACGGCCGUUGCUAUUUGCAUACACAAGUUCCCAGAGGGAUUAAUCAUGUUUGUGUCUAAUGAAUCAUCCGGCCAAUUAGGUUUACGUGUUGCCGUUGCUAUGAUGAUUCAUAACGCAAUUGAAGGCUUACUGAUCGCAUUACCACUUUAUUAUGCAGUUGGAUCUCAGUUAACUGCAUUUGGUUAUGCAGCCGUUUUGGGUGGUCUGUCAUUACCCAUAGGUGCAUUAAUAGGAUACAUUGCAGUCACUGGUGUAGAUAAAGCACGGGAAGAUGCAUUAUUUGGUAUAUUGUUUAGCUUGAUUAGCGGAAUGAUGUAUAUGGUCGUAUUCAAGAAUAUGCUACCAGAAGCAAUCAAGUCAAGACCGAAUAAUGUCUUUGUUCUCAUUUUCUUUAUUUUGGGUCUUGGUCUAAUCGAAACCAUUUCUUUACUUCAAUCUGCUUGAUGCAGUCCCCCUUUUACCCCCCUUGCUUUAUUUCUUUAUUUAUUUUAUUAAUGUAUAAGCAUAUUACAUAGAAAUAAAGGUUAUGAAUUUUAUUAUCAUCUUUAUAACUAAAUAUUUACACACGCACGCAUACAAACAUGUAUGCGGGAUCAGUUUACAUCCCUACAAAAAAGUAAAAGUGGCGCACAUCAUAUAUA